GUCAGAUGCAUUUCAGAAACUGCUCAUUGUGGUUUAGAAAGUGGUAAAGUAGCUGUGGAAUAUCGGCCUUUUGAGGAGCUCACUGAUGCCAGAACCGAAGGACUACAUGAUUUAAUUCAAAGAUUUCCAAGGAAACUCUAUUUCUUCCAUUGAUGGAAAUACAUGGAAGACAUACCCUUGGGUUGAGAAACUUUUUUGGGGUCUGGCCAAAGGCACAGCAGCAAUUUUGGGGUAUCUGGAAGUCUGAAGGCGCCAUCAGGUUGCUGAUGCACUCGACUCACAGAAUACUCAGUGACAAUUCUUUGGCAGAAUUACGUAAGGAUUCAUUUGAAGCCCUUCCAAACCUCAAGUACUUAGAUUUAUCCUGCAAUAAAAUACAGUUUAUUGAAAGGCGGACAUUUGAAGCAGUACCGUAUUUGCAAUCUGUGAAUCUUAGUUGCAAUUUAAUCACCGAACUGAGCUUUGGAACGUUUCAGUCCUGGCAUGAAAUGCAGUUUUUACACAAAAUAAUUCUCAGCCAUAAUCCCCUAACAGCUAUUGAAGAUUCCUAUCUUUUUAAAUUGCCAGCAUUAAAAUAUCUAGACAUGGGAGCAACACAAGUGACACUUGCAGCAGUUCAAAACAUCCUCAUGAUGAAUCUUAAGCUAGAAAAACUGAUCUUACCUAACCAUCUAACCUGCUGCCUCUGCCAAUUUAAAAAUAAUAUUGACGUUGUCUACAAGACAGUCAAACUACGUUGUGACAGUGAAUGUCUUACCAGUAGUACACCCUGCGGUGAAGAACAAUACAUCAGUAAUAUGGACGGGGAAUUCAUGAAGGCUUUACAGGCCCGAAAGAAGAGUACCAGCACCGAGCUGACGAUUGAACCAGAGAAGGCCUCAUCCGAGAGAAACAGCCUGUCCUUUUUCCAUCAUGAACAGCUAGACAAUAGUCAUCAGCGUGAUAUGCUUACUAGACUAGAUUCCAUAAUGUCUUUGUUACAGGUUGGGGACAUAGAUGCAGAACCAACAUUGUUAUCCUUCAUUAAGUUUCUUUUUAAAGAUGUGCAAGAUGGAGGAAAUCCUCUGGCUCCUUCGAAAACCAGCACGGCUUGGAUUUCUAUACAGCCCGAAUCCAACAGUGAAAUCUACAAUAAGGUGAAAAAAAUCCAUGUUCUCCAAAGUCUAAUCAACACAGAAAUUCAAGAAAAAGUCCACAAAGUUAGAAAGAAGGAGAAAACUGCCACGCAGGUCCAUUCCAGUCUUUUCGGGCCCAAAUUUAAACGCCAUUUUUUUCCAAAGAAAUUGGAAACUGUCGGGCCACCAAAGAAAAAACACUUAGGAAAUGUUCAGGAGUGGGAGACGCAACCACUGCAAGGGAGCAGCGUGCUCAAGGAUCCCGGGGGCCUGCAGAAGAGUUACUUCAAAGAAGAGGGCACUCCCCUCAGCCAGAGGCGAGGGAAGGCUUGGUCCAUGGCGGGGAACAUUGCCCAAGAAAGACGGCACAGGCAGCUGGCCCCGGAAAGACCGAAAGACUUUAUCUUGGCAGGGAGGCCCAGGAAAUUGGUGGAAAGCUCCUUCAACGAGGAGUCAUCCUUCAUCCAGGAGCACAGGGCGCCGGCCUCCGUGCCCCUGGAACAGCACUCCAUGGGCAGCCCGUCUGCCGCCGCUGCUUUCCAAGUGCCACUGGAGGACGAAAUCCCAUCCAAAGACCUGAAAAGAACUCUACGCGUCUUAGAGGAUGCGGGCGCUCGAGUUCGGAACAUGAAGGUUCCCAGCCCCGUGUCACACACCGGGAAGAACUACCAGUUUCGUAAACUUGACUCUCAGCUGGGCCGCAGAAUACCCCAGGCCAGAGUGAACACAGCGACAAAAGAAGCAGCACCGCAGAGGCCGGUGCUGGCCAGGAGGCCUCCUUUCGGUGCAGUGAAGCGCCUCGUCAACUCCCCGCCGAGGGAGGGGUCUCUGUCCUGGAGACACCAGGACAAACCUGUCACGGAGCCAUUCCUUUCAUUGCGCUCCAGCCGGGAAAAGAAGACCGCGGAGAGCACGCGUGCUCCAAACGGGGGGGAUGCCAGAAGCAUCGUGCCGCCAGAGAAAACUGCCGGUAUCCAAAGCACUGCCCCUGAGGAGGAAGAGGGGAUGGAGGACAGCCUCAUGCCGGCUGUCAGACAGCCCAACGAGAUGCAGUGGGAAUAUCAGAAGGUGGCCACCGACAUCGACUCCCCCCCACAGAAACCCGACCCCAGAGACGAACUUGAGAUGCAGCUCAUCCAGAAGUUGCGGCCCCUUAUCCCCAACAGUAAUGUGAGGAAGUUCAUUGCCCAAGUAAUUCGGACUCUGAAAAUGGACUGCUCCGAUCCCCGGGUGCAACUGGAGUGUGCCAAGGUGGUCCACAAAACCGGGCUCCUGAUGAAGCUUCUUAGUGAGCGGCAGGACGUAAAGGUGUCCAGUGAAAAAUGGGAUACGGACCAGUGGGAGGCUGAGAACUACAUCAGUGAGAAUACCGAAGGCCAGGGUGAUCAGAAACAGCAGGAGGCAAGUGAGCUCAUAAAAGUUCCAGGAUAUGUUGUGUACCACAAUCAAAAAGCAGUCGUUGCAAUAAAUGUGGCUGUCGUCGUGAUAUUAUUGGUUUUAAUUUUAUGUCUCAUUGAGAUUUAUUCUUGUAGAGCAAGACAGAGUAAAGAUGGAAGAUCCAGGGAGCCCAGGGAAGUCAUGAAGAGAGCAGCACGGACUCCUGAGGAGAAAGCAGCCAAGGAGACCAAGACAGCCAAGACUCCCAAGACCCAGGGAGCACAGGGGACACAGGCACCACAGCGCUCCCCACCACCAAUUGUCCCCCUGGCACGACAGACCAGCGAGCCUCCACAUGGCUCCCUAGAACCACAGAACGCAGAGUCACCACACUCCAUCGGGUCUUCACAGCCCGUCGCAGCACGACAGUCCGUCAAGGCUCUGCAGACCCCUCAUGUGCAGCAGAUCUUCAGAUCCCAGGAGAUCCUGUCAUCCCCGGAGAUUUCAGAUCAAACGGAUGAGUAACAAAAGAAGUCAUCACAGGCAGCCGUGGUGUUAGAGGCCCUACAGUGAACACCUCCUGCUUCAUACCACCUGGACAUUUUAUUGUCUGAAGAGCCUCUUGGCAGUUGCUGUAAAAUUCUUCUUUUUCGUAUGUUAAAUACAUACAUGCAUA